AAGUGCACACGCUCAAUCUGAAUCUCGAAACAAAAACGGUGCCGGGAACUGGUCAGCCCAUUGCGACUCAAUCGAAGCAGCGAUAACCGAGAAUUUUUUGCACAGUGCAAACGUUACACGCGCGACGAUACGGAUAAUUUCUGCGAUAAUUAUGGAGUAUCCGACGAUUAACGAUCUACCAAACAAACUGUUGGAGAUAAUAUUUGACCACCUUGGCGUGGUCGACCUGAAGAACGCGUCCAUGGUGUGCCGACGAUGGUCAGAUUUAGCAUUUUUAGGACGGCGGAUGGAUCGUGUGAUGCUAGUGCCACAAUUUCCGUGGGACAAAGCGUUGCUUCAAAGCAAUCGAAAAUAUUGCCACCUUGAACUCCGAGAAACUGAAAAGUGCUCUGCGUAUCUUAAGGAGUUAUUCCAAACGUUCAGUGUUUCCUCAUUGCGCUUAAAACACGGGAAUUUAUCACACUCCGUGUUACGGUCGAUUUUGCUGGAUGUACCUAACCUUCAGCAUUUGACGAUUGAUAAUAUACCCGGACAAAUGAACAAAAUGGUUGAACCGCUCCCAAUUAUGAGAAAAUUAGAACACUUGGAGAACCACAGUAUCAAUUCGGACAGUGCACUUCCUUGGUAUACGAUCGCCCCUUCUUUGCAAGGUCUGAAAAUGUGUUGUGAUUAUGAGGACCAGUUGGAGCAGUGGAGACUUUUCAGUGGCCAGUUAAAGCAAGUUUAUGCUAGUUUUGGCUUUCAACAGAAUUUAUUGGACCGCUUUUGCGAUAUGACAUUUCCUCUUCUUGAGGAGUUGUCAAUAAAAUCGGCAUUGUUUGAAGGUUCGUUCGGAGCAGAAAAUUCGUUUCAACGCCACGAGUUUUUUCGAAGAAACGCCUCUUUGCGGCGUCUUCGCCUCGAUGGCAUUUACCUAGAUAAAACGUUAGUUCAAGACAUCACGAAUUACAACAAAAAGUUGAUGACUUUAGAAAUCAUAGGUGAACAUAACCUUGACCGUGAAUAUGAAGAUAACGGAGAACAAGGAUCGUUGGAUUCCCUGGCGCAACUGACUGAACUAAAGCAUCUAAGAUUACAAAAUCUGCCCACAUGCAUUUUUCGCGAACGUGAAGCACUUACCUCGCUCCAAUCUUUGUAUAUGAAUGAAAUAACGUUUGGUUACGAUGGACUGCUCGGUUUCCUCAGAGAUCUUUUCGAGAUCGCGCCGCAAUUGAAGUGUUUGGAAGUAGGGUCCGUCGUGAUGGCAGAAAACGCCGCUCAGUACAUUUGCAACAAUUUCAAGAAACUCACUCGUCUGCACCUGACCUAUUCGGAAAAGGUAACGCGUGAUGGUCUCUCCGGAAUCGACCGAUUACCGUUUCUAUGGUAUUUAGAAUUACGCUUUUUUGCUGUACACACAUUAUUUAUUAGCAUCAUUCCCCUAAAAAAGGUCCGCUACCUUACACUUCACCUUAAGUAUCUAUACAAUGAAGAUGAACUUCUUCGGCUGCCGGAAAUUUUCCCUCAACUCGACCGAUUGAACUUGAUCAACUCCGGCAAGUUUCUCCAUGAAUCUACUGUCGAUAAGUUACGCCAAUUACUUCCGACGUGUGCAAUCAAAAUAUAUGGCCAGCUUAUCACUAACGCAGGGGUGCAAAAAUGUUUUCCAAAGUGGACCGGAAGUGAAAUGAUGCCGGUGUGGGAGAAAGAAUGGGUAUUUAAAAAUCGCAUUGAUUGAUUUGGUGAAUAAAUUCAUG